CAUUUAUUAGAAGACAAAUGCUCGAACUGUUCUACUAAUCCCCUUCUCCUCUCCCCUAUCUUCUCUACUCAAACCCAUUGUAACAAAAACAUAAACCACAUCAAUGGCCACCACCAAAACCACCAUUAUUGCAUGGACUCUCCUGGCCACGGCGGUGGUUCUAAUGACACUUCCCAGUACCAAAGCACAAUCGCCUGCGGCCGCGCCAGGGCCAUCACCACCGUCGGCUGUGGCGGCGCCGGGGCCGUCAUUGGAUUGUACGAGUUAUUUGCUAAACGCGUCGGACUGCCUGAGUUUUGUGGAGGCCGGAAGCAACCUGACGAAGCCGGAAAAAGGGUGUUGCCCGGAGCUGGCGGGGUUGGUGGAGAGCCAACCCAUCUGUUUGUGCCAGCUGCUUGGGAAGUCUGAUAGCUUCGGAGUCCAAAUUGAUGUGAAAAGGGCACUCAAGCUUCCUUCUGUUUGUGGUGUCAGCACACCACCUCUUAGUUCCUGCUCAGCUAACGGAGUCCCAGUGGCACCGUCUCCGUCACCUGAAGGGCCUGCACCAUCCGGCGGUGGUACUUCCCUAGGAUCCGGAAACAGUGACAACGGAGCUCCAAGAAUAGCAGCCACUGAUCUGUCCUUCCUCCUUGGCUUAGCAAUUGCAUUUGUUACAACAUUCUUCUAAUACAAAUUUUUAUAUUGAUAUUAUAUUGUGUAAUCGGAUCUUUCUUGACGUAUAACAUGAAUAAUAAUAUACAGAACUUUGUGCUGUAAUUUAUUUCAUGAACUAGAUAUAAGCACUAUUAUUGUUUCAGAAAUGAGGAUUCAAUGGACUAGUGUCCUCAAUUGUCUAUGUUCUUAAGGUUAAUUGUUG